UGGAGGCCGAAGAAGGACGCAGUUCUCAGUAUUCUGAAGGUUGUACCUUUCCGAAGAUGGAGGUGGUGGAGGAGCUGGAGGACGUCGAGUGUAAGGUGGUGCUGGUCGGUGACUCCCGCUGCGGCAAGACGGCCCUUGUGCAGCGCUUCGUGGGCGACAAUUUCAUCGAGGUAUACUCUCCAACCGGAUUUGAGAAAUACGCUUGCACCUACACUGUUGGGGACUAUAGAAUCCACUUCGUGGUGUGGGACACUUCAGGCACAGGUGCGUAUGAUAAUGUGCGGCCACUUGCAUACCAGGAUGCGAAAGUGUUCCUGCUGUGCUUCAGGGUGAGCGAUCCUGAUUCACUGGACAAUGCUGUGAGCAAGUGGCAUCCUGAGAUCCAGACACACUGUGACACGACUCCUGUGAUCCUGUGUGGCUGCCAGAGUGACUUGCGCAAUGACAUUGAGACCAUUUCUGGUCUUGCCAAACAGAGGCGCAUCCCAGUCACCUCUGAGCAGGCUGUGAUGGUGAGUCGACAGGUUGGUGCUACGACAUACGUGGAGACAUCUGCUAAGACAUCCAGCAAGGCUGUGAAAGAUGCAUUCGAAGUAGCAGCUCUGGCUGCACUGGGCAAGCUGAACAAGAACCACUCAGUGCUGCAGAGACAGCGUGCAUACACCCAGCAGAAGAGCAAGCUUGACCUGAAGGCUGAGCUGAAGGGGCGUGCCAAGAGCUGCAACAUCAUGUGACCCGCCUGACCUGCUGAACGGGGCAACAACUGCCCCAUCAUGUGAGCAGCAGGACCCCUGCAGGCAGCGGGUCACACAUAUCAUUCUACAGGCUGCACCAGCUGGAUGCUUGGCCACCUGGUGAACACAGGCUAAUUGCAAGCUCCACUGUGCCAAUGGGGUUAGCCUCUUAUCUGCUUGGUCAGUUGCUAGGUCUGGGCCAGUAAUCUGACUGGAAAUGGUGUCUACUGCACUCUGUUAUCAUAAAAUUGAAAGCUGUAUGAAGCACCUGUCACCAGUGAGCUCUGUCCCUCUCAGUGACUGAGGUAGAGCUAUCUGUGAGCACUAAUGUGAUGCAGGACCUUGUUUUGUCAUGUUUUUAGGUAUACUGUCUGUUAAAUUUAUACAUUUUCAGAAACUAUAGGAAUGUUACAUGUUGCAGUGUUUGAAACUGUCAAUUUACAGAGCCAGGUGAGCUCAUUGUUUAUACUUUGAGACAGCCUUGAAUUUUGAAAUCAUCAGUUCCAAAUUAAAUAUUCAGUAGCUGUUUGAAGUUUGUUAAUAUUUAAAAUGUUUUAAAUUUUUGUAUCUGAAGAUAUGGACAUUGUUUAGAGCAUGGAUCCCCAGUUUCAUGUUUGUGUGACUACAAGGACCACUUUCUUGUGCUCUGGUAGCGCUGGGGACGCAUGCUGGCAAUGUGUGCCCGUGCUUUUAAAAUAGGGAGCAGGCCUCCUUCACAGUGCAUUUGAUACAAGCUGAUAUUUUAAAGUAAUAUUAAGUGAAUUUUUUGGAGCAAAAAGCAAAAUCUUUAAGCUUUGGUGUUUUAAUACAUAUAGUUGGUAGCAGUGACAAUAUUUUAUGAAUGUUCACAACAUUCAGUGUGAAGUACACUAGAUGGGUUAUUUCCAUAGUGAACAGAUAUUUCUGUCAUGUGCAACUUGCAGGCAGUUUGUUACCUUCACCCUUAUUGUAUAGAUCCUGUACAGCCUCAGCUGGAAUCCUGGAGAAAAGUUCAAGAUCACAUUCCAACAGUUUUAGCAUCUCUGUCAAAGUUUAUUUAGUGUAAAAUGGUAUCAGAGGACUUAUAAGCUAAGGAUAUAGAUGGAAGUGGUCAUUCAAGAUGACCUGUCUUGAAAAUGUGGGAGCCUUGACAUCUCAUAACCCUAUAAGCCUCCAAGGCCUGUUACAGGGAUAGCAUUACCCUUUUUUUUAGCUAAUAAAUGCAGAGAUUCUUAUGGGAUGCAAAAACAGGUAUGCAGAAUCAAGAAUACUGUCUUCUGAUGUGCAAUAUGGUGGAGAGGCACCAAUACUUUGGAGAGACCUGCUGCCUUCAUCUGUAGGGUAGGCUUCUGCCAUGGGUUAAUUUCAUAAGGAAAUAUGGGAGGCUUUGAGUAAGCAAAAGUGUUUAAGGAAAUAUAUAAUAUUACAGAUGUGUGCUUGUGUGGAGGGACUUGAUAUGGCAUGU